CUAACUUGGUCUCGCCGCGACACCUCCGUGGGAACUCAUCCGAAUGAAUAUGCACCUUGAACACGCGGUUUGCACCAGGAUUUGCACUCAUGGAUCCAGCCUCCUCUGCACCACCUGUUAAUCCAUCAGAGUCGCGAGCGUUCCAAAGAUGGUUGCGAAAAGCUGCUCAAGUAACAGGUAUCGGACUUACCGCAGACGAACGAGACCGCGACCGGGUGGAAGUACAGCAUCGCCGCUGCGAGCAAUGGAAGACCGAACUCCUGAAUUACAGUCCUUCUGUGGUUUUCAUGUUGAAGCAUCUUAAGUUGACCGGCUGCCCGGUACCGCCCUCGAACAUCGUGUGCGCCCCGUGCGAUCUCACGCGUUCCGGAGGCUUCCACCCUGCCGGGGCGAUUGUCCUUUGUCAGGGCCACUUUGGAGACAAGAAGCACAUGGAGGAUACCCUGACGCACGAACUGGUACACAUGUAUGAUCAUUGCAAGUUCAAUGUUGACUGGAAAAACUUGAGACAUCACGCGUGCAGCGAAAUCCGUGCUAACAGCUUAAGCGGUGACUGUCGGUACAUGCGUGAGCUGGGAAGGGGAUUCGUGUCAUUUUCAAAACAGCAUCAGGCCUGCGUGAGACGGCGUGCUAUACUUUCGGUGCGCGCGAAUCCCAUGUGCCCAGACGAAGCAGCUGCAGAACGAGCGGUGAAUGAGGUUUGGGAGAGUUGUUUCAACGAUACAAGACCGUUCGACGAGAUCUAUUAGGCGGUGGAAAGUGACCGUGUUCUAUUCUUGAAUGCAGGCGAGAUGCUGUGAGCCUGAGCCUGAAUGGAAAUUGGGAGAUCGGACGCCGUCCUUUGGCUAAACUCCUAAUAUCUUUUGUUCCAUGAUCGGUGCUGGGGGUUGAGGACAUCGAGUGGAUCAUGUCUGUUAUUACUAACUAAGAUCUAUAGUUGGUUAUACCUACAGUUGCAUACGCAAUAGACAACGCGGGAAUGGCGAGGAAUGUAUGAGAAAGGAAGUGAAUCCAGCGUG